AACGCGACCAUGAGACGGUGAAGGUGAUAAAGGGAACGCUAUAAGGAAAUUGUUGUUGACAGACAAGAGAGUUGCAUAUCUUACUUUACAGUUUAGAUACUAUUGAUUAUAAGUGGGUACAGUUUCGUUCAUUCAUAUAUUCAACAUCAGAUUAUUAUAUACAGAUAACAUCUGUACGCGUCGUUAGCAUGCUAGCUAAUAGUUAGCUAGCUAGCUAACAGUUUCCAUGCGCAGCAGUUAAAGUAAAUGUUGGGUAGUUUGUCAGCUAUCUAGCUUGUCCUGCCUAGCGAUCUAAGAUAGCUGGCUACUUGUGUCUCGAAGGUUAAUUCGAGUUAUCAGCUAGCUAGCUAGGCACUUUCGUUUCGUUUAGCUCAGGGACAAACAUGCAGGACUUGUGAUCAGCACCCUACCCAAAGUGCAAUGUCUCUGGUUUUCUCGCGCACCAACACCACUGCUAUUGGUAAGAAGGACAAGAGACUCAUGGCUGAGGUGAAUGCCUCCCCACUCAAGCACUUCGUCACUGCCAAGAAGAAAAUCAAUGGCAUCUUUGAACAGCUGGCUGCCUACAUCAAGGAGAGCUCCACUUUCCUGGAAGAGACCUACAAGAAUGAGGAGCUGGAUCCCAUCACCACAGAGGAGCAGGUGUUGGAGGUGCGGGGCUACCUCUCCAAAGUGGCGGGAAUUGCAGAGGUGCUGGCCAGAAGGCACAUGAAGGUUGCCUUCUUUGGGAGGACAAGCAACGGCAAGAGCUCUGUCAUCAACGCUAUGCUGUGGGACAAGGUGCUUCCCUCGGGGAUCGGACACACAACCAACUGCUUCCUGCGGGUGGAGGGGACAGACGGAAACGAGUCCUUCCUGCUCACCGAGGGAUCUGAGGAGAGAAAGAGCAUUAAGACGGUGAACCAGCUGGCCCACGCGCUGCACCAGGAUGAAGACCUGGACGCCGGCAGUCUGGUGUGUGUCAUGUGGCCCAAAGCCAAGUGCGCCCUGCUGCGGGAUGACCUGGUGCUGGUCGACAGCCCUGGAAUUGAUGUGACAACAGAGCUGGACAGCUGGAUUGACAAGUUCUGCCUCGAUGCCGACGUGUUUGUUUUGGUUGCCAACUCUGAGUCCACGCUGAUGCAGACGGAAAAGUCGUUUUUCCACAAAGUGAACGAGCGCCUGUCCAGCCCCAACAUCUUCAUCCUGAACAACCGCUGGGACGCCUCAGCCUCAGAGCCCGAGUACAUGGAGGAGGUCAGGCGGCAGCACAUGGACCGCUGCACCAGCUUCCUGGUGGAUGAGCUCGGCGUGGUCGACCGCGCCCAGGCCAGCGACCGCAUCUUCUUUGUGUCUGCAAAGGAGGUCCUUCAGGCCCGAGUCCAGAAAGCCCAGGGGAUGCCGGAAGCAGGGGGUGCACUGGCUGAGGGCUUCCAAGCAAGAAUGUUUGAGUUCCAGAACUUUGAGAGGAGGUUUGAGGAAUGCAUCUCCCAGUCGGCGGUGAAGACCAAGUUUGAGCAGCACACAGUGAGGGCCAAGCAGAUCUCAGAGGCCCUGCGCUUGAUCAUGGAUUCUGUUCACAUUGCAGCUCAGGAGCAGAGGAUUCACUGUUUGGAGACCAGGGAGGAGCGUCAGGACCGGAUGGAGUUCAUCGAUAAACAGCUGGAGCUCCUGUCCAUGGACUGCAAGAGCAAGAUUAAACAGAUCACAGAGGAGGUGGAGAGACAGGUGUCCAACGCCAUGGCUGAGGAGAUCAGACGGCUCUAUGUGCUGGUGGAUGAGUUCCACAUGGAUUUCCACCCGUCUCCGGUGGUGCUGAAGGUGUAUAAAAAUGAGCUGCACAGGCACAUCGAGGAGGGCCUGGGCAGGAACAUGUCUGAGAGAUGCUCCAGCGCCAUCACCUCGGCCCUGCAGACCACGCAGACGGAGAUGAUCGAGGGGCUAAAGCCCUUGCUGCCAGCCCCUGUGAGGGAGCAGGUCGACAAGCUGGUCCCCCGGCAGUGCUUCAGCCUCAGCUACGACCUCAACUGCGACAAGCUCUGCAGCGACUUCCAGGAGGACAUCGGCUUCCACUUCUCCCUGGGCUGGACCAUGCUGGUCAACCGCUUCCUGGGGCCCAAGAGCACCCGGCGGGCGCUUAUGGGCUACAACGACCAGGUCCCCCGGCCCCUGGCCAUCACCCCCGUCAGCACCAGCAUGCCCCCCUUCCCCCAGGGCUCCAUGACUCAGGAGGAGCUCAUGGUCUCCAUGGUGACGGGCCUGGCAUCCCUGACCUCGAGGACGUCUAUGGGCAUUAUAGUGGUGGGAGGCGUGAUUUGGAAAGCGGUGGGCUGGCGCCUCAUCGCCCUGUCAGUGGGUCUCUACGGGCUGCUGUACGUCUACGAGCGACUCACCUGGACCACCAAGGCCAAGGAGAGGGCCUUCAAGCGGCAGUUUGUGGACUACGCCAGCGAGAAGCUCCAGCUCAUCGUCAGCUACACGGGAUCCAACUGCAGCCAUCAAGUCCAGCAGGAGCUGGCGGGCACCUUCGCCCAGCUGUGCCAGCAGGUGGACGUGACUCGGCAGAACCUGGAGGAUGAGAUCAAGGAUAUGAACUGCAAGAUCGAGCUGCUGGACUCCCUGCAGAGCAAAGCCAAGCUGCUACGGAACAAAGCAGGCUGGCUGGACAGUGAGCUGAACAUGUUCACUCAGCAGUACCUUCAGCAGAGCCGAUAGAAGCAGCGGAGGAAGACCUGAGAUGGGCGUGAGCCUGUGGGGGACACACCCCUCCUUUGUCCCAAGCCCCUCCCAUAUUUCCCAGGCCCCUCCCACCUGCCCCAGGCAUCACACCCAAGCUGUGCAAAUUGUUAACUUUCUCGCUUGGACUUUGUACGACAUUUUUUUUUUUUCCUUCUUGUUAAUUUAAGGAUAAGACCUUUUUUUCUGUGCUUUUUAUAGAGGGACAAAAAAUAUUUGAUACCAAAUAUCACUCUGCCAUAUGAUACUUGUCUACUUGUACUUGAUUCAUUUUUUAUGUUUUUUUUUUCUUGCUGCAUUGUGUGUGUUGUUAACUUAAGAUGCCUUUUAAACCAGUAUAGGUCAUAUGUGCCACUUUGCAUAUAGGCAACCUAAAAAGCACUACUUUUGUUAUUGUUGUGUAAAUACCACUGAUUGUGUAAAGUUAAUUUGUAGUUAAGAGGUCUGUGACAUUUGUGCUAAUUAUUUAUUCUUACGUUAAUCCACAUGAUUCAGCAA